CUUCUUUUGAACUUGGUUUUUUUUGUGUAACGAGACGAUUUCGAGAAAAUGAUUGAACACGCUGUCAAGCGCGGCCUCCAGCAUGCCUCCGCCAUGCAGCUCUUCAAGCGGGCUGCAGAGGAUGGGCCACAGGUCGAGAUGCCAAAGUGGGGAAUAGCUGUCUUGGCUACGACCUUUGUCCUCUUCGUUAUCUUCAUGAGCGCUGUGGAAUACACCCUCAAAGAUGUCGUCGCGACCCUCUGCAUGGUUGAGACUCCCUUCGCCGCUAUCACCGUUUCUACCCCCGAGGAGCGCGAUGCUCCCAAGGACACCAAGGAGCCCCUCCUCGAGACCGGUCCCACGAUCACGCUCGUCCACCAGAAGCCGAUUACCUCGUCCAUCCGUGGCACAAUCCGACACCUGGUCUCGCAGGCCGGCCGCCUCGCUCGCUGGAGGGGCUUCAAGAUCCACGUUCUUCACGGACUCUGCUUCUCCCUCGUGGCCAACAUUGUCAGCGCCGCCCUCCCUAUCCCCGACCCGGUGCGCAUGAUCAUCGCUACCGCUGUCAGCGGCGCCAUCUGCGCCAACCUCCACGCGGCCUGGACACACAAGGUGGUCUCGAUGCCCACUGCUACCCGCUUCUGGCAGCGCGUCCCCGCCCGCAGCAACUGGAAGCUCCUUGCCUUCCCUGCUGCCGUCAGCGCCGCUAUGCCCUACUUCUCCCUCUCCGUCGCCCACGGCUUUAUUCCGCUUUUCGGUCUCGACAGGGCCGUCAACGACAACUUCCGCGAGUACAACGGCCACCAGUGGACCUCGCUCAUCCUCCGCUGGAUCGCCGUCUUGGUUAUUGCCAUCUCCUGCACCAUCUUCCUCUGCCUCCCGGCCAUCGUCACCCUGGUCCGUGUCGAAGCCUCCAUCCUCCCCGAGGACCAGGACACCAUUGUGCCGUUCGACCGCACCUUCGCUGGCAAGGUUGUGCCCAGGAUCCUGGGUGGCACUGGCUGCAUCAGCUUCCUGGAUGCGUGGCGCAGCUUCAACUGGGAGGCUCGCCGCCGCCUUAUCAAGCUCUAUGUCAAGAUCUUCUUUAUCUUGACCGGCCUGUUCUUUGUCUUGGCUCAUGUCCUUGCUUUCGAGGUCUUUGUUAUCAUGGGUCCGGCGCUUGGCAAGUUCUUGUCGGAGGCGAGGCAGCAGGGCCACCUUUCUUAGAUGGUGUACCUUGGCGAGUGGGUGCCGGACGCUUGAUGGCAUCCCAAGCGAGUUCAAGCGGGGAGUGCACUGGGAAGCGUGGGAUGGAGAUCUGUUGCAGUGAAUAUGAUAAGCACAUCGCUGGAGUUCAAUUAGGUUAUGUCAGGAGUCGGAUAGUGGAUACUAAGCUCCUUUGUUUAUUUCCUUAGCGUAAGCUAGAAGAAUAUUCACAACGGAGUUACGGCAAACACCUUUCUCGUGCCAUAUGAUAAUGAAGCACUGGUGAACCGCGUAGAAAGAUAGCAGGCAAAGCUCACGCAGCACGCCUUGCGUUGCACAGGGAGCUGUACAAGGCUAGCAAGCUAGAGCAGCCUGUACCUAUACCUCCCAUCCUGACAUUUAGUUUCACGGAGCCACGCUCAGAAGAAAGACCAGCAGUCAUUAGC